AUGUUGACAAUUCAAUGUUUAAAACAACAAUUCAUAAUUAUUUAUUUAUAUAAUCAAUCAUGGAAAAGUGUUCUAUGUAUGAAUGGAAAUAAAUUACACAUGUUGAUUAUAACCUUAUUAAUUGGAUGUUUAAUUGAUUUUGCGUUAGCUGAAAAGCAUGAAUGUAAUCAAAAUACAUGUUACUCUGUAUUAUCAGAUACUGCUGCUCGUGUAAUUCAAUCCAACCGUUGUACGACAGAAGAACGCCAAAAACGAAUACAAUGUUUCGAGGUACUACCUGCGGAACAGUAUGCUAUACCAUUAGGACAUACUGUGAAUAUGCAAUGUGUUGUUUUAAAUCAGCAUGGAAAAGUUCAAUGGCGUGCGAAAAAAAUACUUCUCGGUUAUGAUCGUUCUAUACCGGGUUACUCUAGAUUCAGAAUAAUUGGUGAUGUUGGACGAGGAGAGCAUACAUUACAAAUUACAGAUGUUCAACGUGAUGAUGCUGGAGAAUAUGAAUGUCAAGUCACUCCAGUCCCAGUUAAUAAUCAUCCAUUAUUAAGAAGAAAAACGUAUCUAGAAGUUCUUAUUAAGCCGAAUGAACCACAGAUUUUAUAUCAAAAUAUACAGUUACCCGACAGGAAAUUGAUCAUAUCUCAACCAGAUCCUAUUUUGCGUAUUAGUUUAGUUUGUUCUGCAGUUGGUGGCCGACCAGCUCCAAAUUUCAAAUGGUUACUUAACCGUCAUGAAAUACCAAAUCUGGAGGUAAAAACUAAAACACCAAUGAGUCCUAAUGAUGUAGCCAAAAUGAAUAAUUUGCUCAAAAUUUGGGGUAAAUUACAUCCUAUUAUCAAUAAUAAAGACAAUGAUGAACAAUCUAGUCUAAGUAUCCUUAAAGCUGGUUUAGAAGAUGGUGAUGAAAUUGUAUGCAGUGUGUCCAACGCUGCAACUCAAAUAAAUCAUGAUCCAAUGAAACGUAAUUUAUCGAUAACAAUUACUGUAGAAGUUCAUACUCCUCCCGGUCCUCCGAAAAUUGUCAGUCCUGAAACAAACCAUGUUUAUUUAGAUGGUGAACAGUUACGUGCAGUAUGUGUUUCCUCACCACCUGGCAAACCUUUAGGUGGACUAUUCUGGAGAUGGUUAAUAAGAACAAGUCAAGUUGAUGACAGCGAUAUUCAAAAAAUCAGUGGAAUUGGGGGUAGGGGUGGUGCUAGACUCAGUGAUUACACAUCUGUUGAAGCCUAUCUACGAAGUUUAGACAGUAGCAAUAGUGGUGGUAGUUUAUCGCAGAAAAUCGCUAUGCCAGAACUAUCUCAAUUGCAGCAGGGAGAUUUUAUUUCCGAAGAUGUACAACCACUACAUUACACACUUACUAAAGAGAAAGAUCAAUUAGUAAAUACACUGAUCAUUCAACGAGUUACUCGGAAGUAUCAUGCUGCUAAACUGAUUUGUGAAACUGGACAUCCUGUGGGUUCGGCUCACCAAACAAGUAUCACAAUAUUUGUGAAACAUGCACCAGCUAAUGUCACAAUUUCGGUAGAAAGUGGUAGCAUUGAUGACGAUCAUACUGGUGGACGCCAUGAAAAAGUAGCAUAUGCACGUGCCGGUGAAAUGAAAACAUUUAUUUGCAAAACUGCUCCAUAUUACGGUCAGGCAACUAUUAAGUGGUUAUUUCAAGCAGCUGGUGCUAGUAUUACAACACCACCGAAACAACUGGUUGAUAAAGCUGUCACAUUCAAAACACCGGAUGGAGAGAGUGUCUAUCAAGAGUCACGGAUUCAAAUCACUGUUCGACCAGAAGAUGACAGAAGUUAUAUAGAUUGUCUUGUUUGGAGUGUUGGAGAUGCACGCAUUGAUUCAAGAGUUCGCCUAGAUAUUAUCCAUCCCCCAGAUACGCCAAAGAUUACUGGUUAUAAAAGUGGCCAACCAGUGAACAUGGCUCAUCUUUUGGAAUUUACGUGUACUACCACAGGUGGCAAUCCACUGCCUGAACUCCAGUGGUUUAAAGAUAAAAAACCGAUCACAAACAAUGGUGAACCAAUUGUUAUUGGAAAACAAACUACUAUUAAACUAAAGCUUGUACCACAAAAAGAGGAUAACGGUGCUGAAUAUCAUUGUUCAGCUCGUAACACUGCAACAAACAAUGAAUGGAUAGAUAGUGAAGCUAUAAUUUUAAAUGUUUUAUUUCCACCACAACGAGUAAGUUUAAAUUUUGGCGGUAAAUCGGUAGUUCAAAGUGGUGAACAACUUGAAAUCAACUGUCAAGCAGAUAGUUCAAAUCCAGUUGCUGUUAUCACAUGGCGUCAUUAUCAAUGUGGACCAGCUCAUGCGUUUUAUCGACGUCAUUUAUUACAACAACAACAAAAAUUACCAAAAUCUAGUAGUAGUACAAAUGAAGGGGAAAAGUGUAAAUUAUUAGAACUAAAAGGUUCCGAUGAAACACCUAUUCCUGGAGCAUCCGGUGGUUUAUUAGCCAGAAGUCAUUUAUGGUUACGUCCAACUUGGAGAUAUCAUAUGGACUUUAUUGAAUGCCAAGCGGAGAAUCCAGUUUAUGGUCCACCUAUUUGGCAUGAUAGACUUCAAUUAAAUAUCACAUUUGCACCACAAUUCUAUGGGCUUCAAGUAGAUGAUCACCGAGUAAUACGAGAAGGUGAAACAACUCAUCUAGACUUUGGAUUAUAUGCAAAUCCUCCAGUUACAUCUGUUUCAUGGUUUCGUAAUGAUCAAUUACUUCCAUUUGAACCUAAAGAAACUGAUACAUGGCAAGGUGUUUUUGCAGCUGGUUCUGUUGGAGAACUACUUUCAUUACAUAAAAUUAAUCGAGAAAAUAUGGGCAAUUAUACAGUGGUAGUUUCUAAUUCACAACAUGAAUCACGAAAUACAUUUUUUCUUAAUGUUACAUAUCCAGCAAGUAUUGUUGGUAAACUUGAAGAGAACAUAACACAAACGACUAAAGACUAUGCUGCUUUAGAUUGUAAAGCUGAUGCGAAUCCGGCUAUACCUGAUAGAACAUUUAAAUGGUAUCGUUACUUUCCACCUAAGGGCUGGACAGAAGAAGUAGAUGAGGGGGCAUUACAACUGAGUGAACCAAUUUAUUGUAAUCAAUCUCAGGUUGACAAACCAAAAAUGCUUGCUCAGUGUUUCCAACAAGAUAAGUUUCAAAUUUCUAGUACAUUUUACAUCUAUCAACUUACAGAAGAUGAUGUUGGUAAAUAUGUUUGCGAGGUCAGUAAUGGAAUAGGUGAACCAGUGAAGAAGACAUUUAAUCUUUUGUAUCAUUUUCCUCCAAAAAUAAUUCAAUUGCCUCGAUAUACAAAAGCAGCUGGUGAACAAAGUUCCAAAGUAUGGUUAACAUGUUACAUUCGUACAGAACCAACUCCACAAAUUGCUUGGCUCAAAGAUAAUAAAUUAAUCCCAAUGGAUGCGUUAAUUCAAAGUAAAACUUCAGAUAGUAAAAAUGGAAUGAAAAAAUAUGAGAAUUUCUUAACUCAUAUACGUCCUGGAUUAUAUAAAGCUCAGUUAGCUGUUAAUGAUAUUAGAAAAUAUGACUUUGGUUCCUAUAGUUGUCAGGCGGCCAACUUACAAGGUGAAGCUCAACUAGGAAUUCAUUUGUCUGGAACAUCCACUCCAGAUGUACCGAUAAAUUUUCGUCUUCUAAAUGCAACCUCAUCGACUUUGCAUGUUGCCUGGACUCAAGGUUUUGAUGGUGGAUUGGCACAAACGUUUCAGGUUCGUUGGCGUGAAGUUGGUUCAAUUAGUUUGUAUAAAUAUGCUGAUGUAGCAUCAAAUGAUAAUAGAAAUGUAGUUGAGUACUUCAUUACCGGUUUAAAACCUGGAAGUGAAUACAUAGUCAGUGUGAAUUCUAUGAAUUCAAAACAUGGAUCUAGUGCCUACACAGACCCUAUUCAUUUAAGAACACUACCAAUAGAUUCAUACAAUGGACGUGAACUUAUGCCACCCUUAUCAAAUUCUGGUUAUUCAGAUGACAAUGCUUUAUUAAUCAUAGUAUCUGCAUGUGUUUUUGGAUUUGUUAUUCUUCUUAUUAAUGUCAUAGUUAUUAUUUUCUUAAUUAAACGACGUCGUCAUCGUAAUAUGAUGAGAAGACGACAAUAUAAAUCUGAUCAAGGAGUUACUAUGACAAAUGGAGUUGCAUUAACACGUCAUGAUCAAUCUGGUACUGAUAUGAAAGCACAUCUUCAAUCAUCUUUUAUUGAUCAAAAUGAUAAUUUUGUAGAUACAGAUAUCAGUACAACAUGUAUAUGCUGUCCACCUAACAAAAAAAAACUCAUAAGUUCAGGUUAUGUAAAAGCAGACUCUUAUGGUAAUUUUUCCCGUACACAUGGUUAUGCACCUCAUGAUAUUUGUCCAUCUCAAUGUUCUCAGUAUAUACCUACAGAUGUUGAUCAACAAGGAAAUUUGAUGAAUCAUAACAUCACAAGCAGUAAUCCAGAUUUUAAUCACUUAACUUCUAAUCAAAUGACAACAAGUUAUCCGGUUCGCCAUUUAGCAUCUCCAAAUCCAUAUUACAAUAAUACGCUGAAUUAUCCAAUGACUCGUCAUGGUUCUACUGAACUCGGAAUAGUUUAUUCAUCAGCAAAUCCAGUUAAUCAAUUAAGACAUGAACAUGGAAGCAUAAAACAUUCUACUCGUCAUGGUCAACACACUCCAAGGCAACCAAAUCAGUCUCGUUACUAUGGUACAAAACCUAAUUUUGGAAGUACACGUUAUUUUUGUUCAUCAAGAGAAGUUAUUCAAUCGAAUACAUCUAGAAAAAAUAUACCUCAUUUUGAAAAUCGACAAAGUGUAAACAAUCUUUCUCAUGCAAUAUCUAGUGACUUAUUUACUCUUCAAAACCAAUGUAAUUGUGAACAACAAUAUUCUAUGCACAAACCCCAUCAAAUUCAAUGUCACAAACGAUUACCAUAUUCUUGUUCUACUUGUUUAAAAUCAAAAUCAAGUUUACAUAAUAGUAAGCAGUCAUUUCAUACACUCAACACUCAGAAUUCUGUCAUUGAUAAUUUUUCUGAAGAGGACAAAGAUUCCGAUCGUAGUCGUUAUGCGGAUCAACUUAGACGUAUUCAAUACAGUGGUGGGCCGACUGCUCAGCUUUUAUUAGGUAAUAUCAACAUACAAAAUGAUCAUUCAAGUCCUGAUUCUAAUUUAGCACCUUCUCAAGAGGAGCACAAUAUAAAUAACUUCCAUUCAUGCUUAUCAAAAUCCAAAUUAAACAUGCACAAGAUUGAACUGAUGAAUAAUACUGAUAAUAAUCAUCUUAUCUCUAAUUUAAAUCAAUAUAGCGAACAACUAGGCAGUUUAGCAGAUAAUGAAAAUCUCGAGACGUCAAGAUUAUUAUAUUCAAAUCAGUUCAACCGUCAACAACAACAACAAAAUCAACACAUUACUAAUGAUUUCUCUGCUAUUCCGAAUGUAGAUAACACUGAAAUCAGGUCAACCCAUUUAUCUGACUGUUUUGUUUAA